AUGCUGCGAACGGUCAACGAGGCGUACGGCGCGGAGCUGGCCGAGCUCUCGUUCGACGAAGUUGGCAUGGCGGACGGCGCGGGGCGGUACAACCACUACUACCGCCAGAACAUCGCGCAGUCGCCCUUUGAGGCCGCGGCGCGCAGCAAGGUGAAGCGGCUGCUGCAGGAGUGCAAGUCGCUGUCGGGCGAGGGCAACUUGCCAGUAGGCGCCGAGUCGUGCAUCGUCGUGCUCAAGGAUGAGAGCCGGAUGGACGUGCUGAAGGCGCUUCAAUGA